CAACUCUCGUAGCGCAGUCGCGUUGUCUCUGUGGAACCCUCGACUUCUCUUGAAACCCUAGGAUACUUCCACUUCCAGUAAGAGAAAAUGACUGCCGAAGCCGUGAAUCCGAAAGCAUACCCUCUCGCCGAUGCUCAGCUGACUAUUACAAUUCUCGAUCUCAUCCAGCAAGCAGCCAACUACAAACAGCUCAAAAAGGGUGCCAAUGAAGCUACGAAGACUCUUAACAGAGGUAUCUCGGAGUUCAUUGUAAUGGCUGCCGACACUGAACCCCUCGAAAUUCUGCUGCAUCUUCCUUUGCUUGCGGAGGAUAAAAAUGUGCCCUAUGUAUUUGUACCUUCAAAACAAGCACUUGGGCGAGCAUGUGGAGUCACAAGACCAGUGAUUGCUUGUUCUGUGACAAGCAACGAAGGAAGCCAGUUGAAAUCUCAAAUACAGCAACUUAAGGAUGCCAUUGAGAAACUCUUGAUAUAGAAAUAUUCACACCUCUUCAGCAUAGUUAGCCUUGAGGAUUUUGGUCAUCAAUUAUCUACCAUGUAAACUCCAGUUAUUUUUCUCUUAUCAGGAAUGUGAGUUUUCUAGUUUCUUCUUGUCGGCAAAAUCCCCUCUGUAUCUCUCAGAUGAUAUAACAUUGUGUUAUUGGUAUUCUAAUCAAGACGCUUGAUAAUUGAAUGAGUGAAAAUAUAUCUUGCAAAAUUACAAUUGGUUUGUUGAA